CACUCCCUCCGCCUGCGCAGCGGACGCUCUCGAAACAAACACGGCUUGGUCUCUAUACACACUCUGAGGCCAUGUUGGCCUAUUCACUCCCUUCGGAUGUCUCCCCCUCUACACUCGUCAAUACUGCCUCUCUAAUCCGCAUCGUUGCUCUCGGCCUCAUCUCUGCAGCAGCCAUCUCUUCGCGUCUAUUCGCGGUUGUCAACUUCGAGAGUAUCAUCCAUGAAUUCGAUCCUUGGUUUAACUACCGGGCUACGAGAGUGCUUGCAUCAAAGGGCUUCUAUGAAUUCUGGAACUGGUUUGACCCUACAGCAUGGUACCCCCUCGGUCGCGUUGUGGGCGGCACCAUCUACCCCGGCUUGAUGGCCACGAGCGGUGUAAUCUACAACGUCCUGCAUGCAUUGAAUCUCCCUGUCGACAUUCGUAACAUCUGUGUCCUGCUUGCCCCUGGCUUCAGUGCUCUGACUGCAUGGGCUACUUACAUGUUCACUAAAGAGAUGAAAGAUGAAUCGGCCGGACUCCUGGCUGCAGCGUUCAUUGGCAUUGUCCCAGGUUACAUCUCCCGGUCCGUCGCCGGCUCGUACGACAACGAAGCCAUCGCCAUCUUCCUCCUCAUGUUCACCUUCUUCGCGUGGAUUAAGGCUCUGAAGACGGGCAGCGCGCUUUUCGGUACCAUCGCUGCUCUGUUUUACUUCUACAUGGUGGCUGCAUGGGGUGGAUACGCGUUCAUCACGAACAUGAUCCCUCUGCACGCCUUCGUUUUGCUGCUCAUGGGCCGCUACACUAGCCGCCUUUACGUAGCCUACUGCUCCUGGUACGCCAUCGGUACGCUCGCGAGUAUGCAGGUGCCCUUCGUUGGGUUCCAACCUGUGCGCACGAGUGAACAUAUGGCCGCCCUCGGCAUCUUCGGGCUGCUACAAAUCGUUGCCUUUGCGCAGCUGAUUCGGUCGCAUGUCUCAUCCAAGCAGUUCCAGGAUCUGCUGUUUGUGUCGGUCAUCAGCGCUGCUGUGCUGGGUAUGGCCGCGAUGGUCCUCCUGACCUACAAAGGGUGGAUCGCACCCUGGACUGGCCGUUUUUACUCGCUCUGGGAUACCGGCUACGCAAAGAAAUACAUCCCGAUCAUCGCCUCCGUUUCCGAGCACCAGCCCACCGCCUGGCCGUCCUUCUUUAUGGACCUGCACCUGCUCACCUUCCUCUUCCCCUUCGGCGUGGUCACGCUCUUCCGCCAGCUGCGCGACGAGCACGUCUUCGUGAUUAUCUAUGCGGUGAUGGGCACGUACUUUGCGGGCGUGAUGGUGCGCCUGAUGCUCACGCUCACGCCCUGCGUGUGCGUCGCCGCAGCCGUGGGCUUGAGUAACCUCGUGGACACCUAUAUGGACCCGCAGGAGCCGGACGUGGAAGAUGAGACGGAGGAUAGUAAGAAGACGAAGAAGGAGAAGGCGGCGGGCGCGCCGGGUACAGGUAUAGGCGUGAUCGACGAUCUCGUGUCGACGCUCUCCGCCGCGGGCAGCGUGUCCUCGGAGAAGGAAACGAAGAGUAAGAAAGCGAAGACGGGCAUAUUCGGGCUCGACACGCGCAUGGUCGUGCUGUUCAACACGGCGGGGAUGCUCAUGUUCUUCGUGCUGCACUGCACGUGGGUGACGGCGAACGCGUACUCGUCGCCGUCGGUCGUCCUGGCGUCGACGAAUCCCGACGGGUCGCAGCAUAUCAUUGAUGAUUUCCGCGAAGCGUAUUAUUGGCUGCGGAUGAACACGAAGGAGGACGCCGUGGUUAUGAGCUGGUGGGACUAUGGGUACCAGAUUGCGGGGAUGGCGGACCGGGUGACCUUAGUGGACAACAACACCUGGAACAACACGCACAUCGCUACCGUCGGCAAAGCCAUGUCCUCCCCCGAGGACGUCGCGUACCCGAUUCUGCGCAAGCACGACGUGGACUACGUGCUCGUCAUCUUCGGCGGGCUGAUCGGGUACUCGGGCGACGACAUCAAUAAGUUCCUGUGGAUGGUGCGCAUCGCGCAGGGCGUGUGGCCGGACGAGAUCCAGGAGCCGAACUACUUCACGCCGCAGGGCGAAUACCGCGUCGACGACCAGGCAAGCAAGGCGAUGCGCGAGAGCUUGAUGUACAAGAUGAGCUAUUACCGGUUUGCGGAGCUGUUUGGUGGAGGACAGGUCGUUGAUCGGGUGCGCCAGCAGUACCUGCCUAAGCAGUCGCCUACUCUCGAUAUCCUCGACGAGGCUUUCACCUCAGAAAACUGGAUCGUCCGGAUCUACCAAGUCAAGAAGGAGGACUCGUUAGGCCGGGACCUCAAAAGCGCGAAUGCUUUCGCGGAGGGUAAGAAGAGGAAACGGAGCAAGCCGCCUGUUAAGCGGAGGGCUAUUGCUUGAAAAUCCUUUGUAGCUCCUAGAUACCUAUUUAAUUGAAUGUCUGACGCUGUUGACCUUGCCUUCGACCCUCGUUUAUUCGAUGUACGUUCCAGUCGAAGCAGGAUAUGUCAGUUGCGAUCUCGGUAGACCGAGGAGACCCA